AUGAGAGCAACUCUGUCUGAAGUCAAAUUGUUUGUAAUAGAUGAGAUUUCUAUGGUUUCCAGUAUCAACCUGGCCUUUGUACACAUGAGACUAGAGGAGUUGUUUGGUAGCAGUGAGUGGUUUGGGUCUCGGAACAUGUUGUUUGUAGGUGACCUCCUCCAACUGCCACCUGUCCAUGGGAAUCCUGUUUUUGAGAAGGUUGCCACUAAGUCAAUACUGUCCCAACUAGGGUGUGCAGCAGCCAUAAAUAUUUGGAGAGAUUGUGUUACCUAUGAUGAGUUGAUUAUCAAUGAAAGACAGAAAAAUGAUCCACAGUUUUCCUCCAUGUUGGACUGUGUGAGACGUGGUUGUCCAACCAAGAAAACU